CAUAGAUAGAACUUAGAAAAAAAAUAAAAUAAAAUAACAGUGCCUUUGUUUUUCUGAUGGCAAAAAACGGUUCACUACUCCAUUACAGAGAGAGAGAGAAUCUGAAUCUGUAUUGAAAGAUUAUACGUCGUCGUUUUUGAUUUGGAACUUCGUAAUGAUUGAAUCUGAAUCCAAAAUGUUUUUUUCCUAUGAAGUUUUUACGAUCUUCUUCUGACGAUCGCUUUUUGAUGAAGUGACUGUUUUGUCCUUCCGAUUCUAGAACCUUCCAUUUGAUUCGGAGAUAUUUGAUUGUUUUUAUUUUUGGCUGUUGAUUUUUUUGGGGGAAACUAUAAUGAAAGGUGGUGUUGGUGGAGAUGUCGCGGCAGCUCCGGCGGGUCCACCACCGUCGCCGUCUCUGGAAUGGAAAUUUUCUCAGGUUUUCGGUGAACGUACGGCUGGAGAAGAAGUGCAGGAAGUUGAUAUCAUUUCAGCAAUUGAGUUUGAUAAAACUGGUGACCAUCUUGCCACCGGGGAUCGUGGGGGUAGGGUGGUAUUAUUUGAAAGGACCGAUACCAAGGAGCAUGUUGGAAGUCGACGAGAGUUAGAGAGAGUGGACUAUCCAGUCAGUCGGCAUCCUGAGUUUCGCUACAAGACAGAAUUUCAAAGCCACGAGCCUGAGUUUGAUUAUCUGAAGAGUUUGGAGAUUGAGGAGAAAAUCAACAAGAUCCGAUGGUGCCAAACAGCAAAUGGUGCCCUCUUUCUUCUAUCUACUAAUGACAAAACUAUCAAGUAUUGGAAGAUCCAAGAGAAGAAAGUUAAGAAAAUAUCUGAAAUGAAUAUUGACCCUUCCAAAGCUGCUGGAAAUGGCAGUGUAACCAGUUCGAGCGUAUGUUCCAGCCCAAACCAGUGUCUUGCAAAUGGGGGCUAUGGAGAUAAAUCGUACAGUUCUUUGGGCAAUGAUUUGUCCUUUCCACCUGGGGGAAUCCCCUCACUACGUUUGCCGGUGGUUGUUGUUACAAGCAACGAGACCAGCCUUGUUGCGAGGUGUAGAAGAGUGUAUGCACAUGCUCAUGACUAUCAUAUCAAUUCUAUAUCAAAUAACAGUGAUGGCGAAACAUUCAUAUCAGCCGAUGAUCUCCGAAUAAACCUUUGGAACUUGGAAAUAAGUAAUCAAAGUUUCAAUAUUGUGGAUGUCAAGCCAACAAAUAUGGAAGAUCUUACUGAGGUGAUAACUUCAGCAGAAUUCCAUCCUACACAUUGUAACAUGUUAGCUUAUAGUAGUUCAAAAGGAUCAGUUCGUCUAAUAGAUUUGCGGCAGUCAGCAUUGUGUGACUCACAUUCUAAAUUGUUUGAGGAACAGGAAGCACCUGGUUCAAGAUCUUUUUUCACUGAGAUAAUUGCUUCAAUUUCAGAUAUUAAAUUUGCAAAGAAUGGACGAUACAUACUUAGUCGUGACUACAUGACCCUUAAGCUAUGGGACAUAAACAUGGAUUCUGGUCCAGUUUCAACAUUCCAGGUUCAUGAAUAUUUAAGACCAAAGCUUUGUGACUUAUACGAGAAUGAUUCCAUCUUUGAUAAAUUCGAGUGUUGCCUUAGUGGUGAUGGUAUGCGAGUAGCAACUGGAUCUUACAGCAAUCUUUUCCGCGUGUUUGGUUGUCCUCCGGGGAGCACUGAAGCAAUUACCCUGGAAGCAAGCAAAAACCCUAUGAGAAGGCAAGUCCAGACUCCUUCAAGGCCUUCCAGGUCUGUGAGCAGCAGUAUAACACGUGUUGUCCGGAGAGGAGCAGAUAGUGCAGGUGUUGAUGCAAAUGGAAACUCAUUUGAUUUCACAACAAAACUGCUUCAUCUGGCAUGGCAUCCAACUGAAAAUUCCAUAGCCUGUGCUGCUGCAAACAGCUUGUACAUGUAUUACGUAUAAGUCAUAACAGGGGAGAUGUAGUUUUCUUGGUUAGCAUUUUUGGGUUGCUUUUCGAGAAAGGUCUCUCUCGCAGCAACUUGAGGUUCUACCAUUUCUCACUUCCAGGUGCCUUGCAAAGGUGUAGUACAUGCUUUUGAUGUCAAGGUCCGGAUGUCGCUGAAAGGAUCACCAACAGAGCGACAUAGUCUUUUUGAGUAGACGGAUGGCCUGGGAUUCUCGCUCCCUUAUUCCCGUUUCUGCUUCACCCUUUUCUCUAAAUCUCCUAUUUUGUUGGGUUGAAGUUGGGAAAGAAUGUUAUUCUCCUACAAGCAAAACUGUUGGAUGUGCAAAAUUGCCACUAGUUCUAAGGUAAAUGUAGUUUUAUCCUAAUCUUGCCGAGAAGGAGCUACUGCUAACUGGCAGGAUGUUACGCCUUUUUCCUUGGAUAGCAUUAUUUUUUGUAGGAUAACAUAGUGUGCUUUUUGUUAUAGAUUAUUAACUGAAGUAAAUUUUUUCCCUUCUGUAAAAGAAAUUCAAGAGCAACUGCAUUUGUUUACCUGUAUUUUUUAACUUUGGUAAAGUGAAGCUGGAACUGCUAAACUUCGGUCACUUCAGAAUCUCUGUGUUUAAACAGUUUAAUUGAUAGAGUUUCUAGUUUUACUUUGCUUCUGGAGCCAUGUAAUGGAAUCAACUUGGAAAGAUUUUCUGAGAUGGGAAGAAACCUUUGUAAUA